AUGGGCGGUGGCGCGGCCGGGCCGGGCGAAGGAUGCUCCGCGGCGUCCCGGGAGAGCAGCCGGCCGAGCGCGGGGUCCAGGCACAGAUCGCGGCUCGGCUGCUCCGCGAGGCUCGGGCCACCACCGCCCCCGCCGCCCCAGGGCCCAGCUUGCGCCGGCCGCGCGCGUCCCCUGCCCGCCUGCCGCCCACCGGGCUCGACUCCGGCCCGCGCCGCGCAUGCGCUCCGUCCCCCCCUUAAAGGGCCAGCGCGUUCCCGCCGGGCCCUCAGCCUCUGGCGGCCGGCCCUGCGCCCCAGGUUAUCUCUAGGAGGCAAGGGGUCGUCCGCUCGGCUCUCACCUCUCUGUCAGGGCGCUGCGAAGCCGGCGCGGAGCCGCGGAGGAAGUUCGCAGCGUGCUGCACGGAGGGCAAACUGCACGGAGCGCAAACUGCACGGAGAUGCCGGGCUCGGGAGGCCCGCGGUCGGGAAUUUCCUAAAGGAAGCACCUCGCAGGGGCCCUCAGGGGGUUAGGAGCGAGAGCUCCGGCCUGGAGGACCGGGUUCUAGACAGCAGUCAGAGUCUAGUUUCCUGCGGGACAUCCUACAAAUCGCUUCCCUCAGUGGGCCUCGGUUUCCCCAUGUAUCAGCCGAGCUCGUCACCCCAGAGCAGUAACGCGGAAAAGGCGCGAACAGGGAGCAGAGGGAAAGAACUUUCCGAAAGGAGACAGAUAGCCAUGGGCGCUUUGAGACUUCUCUCCUCUCUCCCACCAGGAGUCCCCUGAGCUCCAGUAGCUACCUCUUGCUGCCUCCAGGGUCAGAAACCGAGGAUGAUGAGUGAUGGGAAGGGUCACGGGACUUCAAGAAAGCUGGUUAAGAGGCGCUCCUCUUAAGCCCACUGAGGCAAGAAGACUCCAAGCAUGAAAACCACCAAGCGCCAACAACUGCCACCUACUCAUUGUACAGGACAGCCACCCUUGAACCUAGCCACCCUGCUGUGAGGAAGCCCACACCACAUGGAGAGAGGACAGGAGGUGCUCUGGCUGACAUCUCCAGCUAGGCUCUCAGCUCACAACCAGCAUCACUCAUCAGAUAAGUGGUGAACUGAGAUUAUUCCACCACCAGCCUUUGAGUCUUCCAGCCGAGGUCGCAGACAAGAAGCAGAGAUAAAGCCAACCUCGCUGUGCCCUGUCUGAAUUUCUCUCCCACAGAAAACAAGAGAUAAGAAGCGAUCAUUGUUGUUUUAAGCCCGUAAGUUUUGGGGUAUUUUGUUAUGCAGCAUUAGAUGAUUAAUUCUGUGAAACGACACUUCCUGAAAUGACAAAUAAUAAAAUGGAUUUGGAGUCUUUAUUCAAA